GCGCCGGACACCGGUCAGCAUCAAUUCGACAAGGUCGUCGUAAGGCUCUUGUGUCAUGCAGCAUCAGGAAGACUACGCCUCCGAUGCCUCCAAGGAUGAGCAGUACUUUGAGGGCUACGCGGAUUUGGGCGUGCACAAGGUCAUGCUGAAGGACCGUCCACGUAUGGACUUCUACAAGGGCAUCCUGACAGACAAGAACAUCGUAGAGGGGAAGUUGGUGGUGGAUGUCGGCUCCGGUAGCGGCAUUCUUUCUUGUUGGGCGGCGCAGUCUGGAGCAGCGCACGUGCUCUCCAUUGAGGCGUCCUCGAUGUCUGACAUUCAGCAGCAAAUUGUUCACGACAACAACCUGGCAGACAAGGUGACUGUCGUGGCCUCCACCGUCGAGGACCUCAUUCGAGCCGGCACUGACGCUUUCCUUGACACCUACCCUGCCGUGCGCCAAGCUGGAGGCAUUAGCUUGGUGGUGUCGGAGUGGAUGGGCUUCUAUUUAUUUCACGAGUGCAUGUUGCCCUCGGUGCUACGUGCCCGCGAUUUCUUUAAGGAAGUCAACACCGCGUUAAACGCAAACGUCGACGUGCAGAUGAUCCCGUCGCACGGACAGCUGCACGCUGCUCCAAUUUCGCUGAGACAAUACUAUGAAGAGUCCUUUGCGAGCUUCUGGGCAAAUGUGGAUGGUGUGCGGCUGGAGACGUUGGGGAAGCUGGAGUUUGAGCAGCACCUCGAGUCGGCGUCUCCGUUGGUGGAAGUGCUACCUCUUCGAUGCCUCUUACACGAGGGUGAAGUCUUCUGGGAGGGCUGUUUUGACACGUUGCAUGUGGAUGAGUUGGAAGAGGUGAAGGCAGCUCGCACCUUUCACUUUACCAACUCUGCCUUCGCACGGCGGCGGUUGCAGGAGGCAGGCAACCUUGUGCUGGACGGCUUCACGAUUUGGUUCGAGGUGUCGUUCGGGAAGCUCGUCCUAGACACCGCACCCACUGCCCCUCCCACACAUUGGAAGCAGACAACGGUGCUCCUGCCCCGCGAGGUGCGUGAAGGGGAAGUUGUGGCGUUCGAUAACGCUGACGAGGAUCUGGAGCUGACCCUUUGCCUCACCGCACAGGAUCUUUCCCAGCGCUACUACAAGAUUGAGUUUGAGCUCAACUGA